AUGUCUGAACCAUCCCAGAGCCCGCCCACCAACGCCCAGACCAGCACUGGCGGUCGUCGUCGUAGUUCGGGUCUCAUGCCUGCCUUUGAGGGUCUGCAGAACCAGAAGCGCAGCAGUGAGGCUAACAUUGCUCGUCGACAGUCAUUGUCCGACCAAGCGCCCAAGCCAGGUCUCUUUGGAACAUUCUUCCACAACAACUUCGGCCGUAAUGCAAAGUGA